GUAGUUCUUUUCCCCCAAACAAUGAAUGAGAAGAACCAGACGUGGGUCAGUGAGAUUGUCCUCUUGGGAUUUCAGAAUCUCCACAACUUCAAGGUUCCCCUGUUCUCUCUGUUCCUUCUGAUUUAUAUUCUGACAGUUUGGGAGAACGUCCUCAUCAUAGUGUUGGUGGCCUUCAGCCGGAACCUCCACUCCCCCAUGUACUUCUUUCUCCAGCAGUUGGCUCUGUCUGACCUACUGGAGGCCUCAGUUACUGCACCCACUUUACUACAAACAGUGAUAAAUAAUGGAGCCACAGUGUCCCUUGUGGUUUGCAGGAUACAAUUUUAUUUUUUUGUUUGCACAGAAGCCUUUGAGUGUUUGCUCCUAGCAGUAAUGGCCUAUGACAGAUACGUGGCCAUCUGCAUCCCCCUGAGAUACACUUCUAUAAUGAACCAAAAAGUCUAUGUUAGAUGUAUCCUUGUACCAUGGCUACUAGGCCUUACUGCCACAAUCAAUACUGCAAAUAUGAUUGACAGACUACAGUUCUGUGACCAAAAUACCAUUAAUCAUUUCUUCUGUGAUUUCUUUCCUCUUCUAGAACUUUCCUGCUCAGACACUUCAGUAGUACAAAUAGAUAUAAUCUUACAGUCUGUCCUUGUAAUUAUUUGCCCCUUUAUACUCAUCUCUGUAUCAUAUAUGUGUAUUGCCCAUGCAAUCCUAAAGAUAGUGUCCCAUACCGGGAGGCAAAAAGCCUUCUCCACCUGCAGCUCCCACUUGGCCGUGGUCUCCAUGUUUUAUGGGGCUCUCGCUAUUUAUGUGUUUCCCCCCAGAAACCAAUCCCUGAACAUGAACAAAAUCCUCUCUCUGUUAUACACUGUAGUCACUCCUUUGGUUAAUCCACUGAUUUAUAGCUGGAGAAGCAGAGAUAUCAAAAAAGCCGUGGAGGGGGCACUUCGGGCAGAUGUGAUGGUGGGUAGGGCAGUAAGGGGGUGA